CGACUUUGCAGAGACAUGAAGGGCAUUCUUUAUCAUGGGCUCAUCCAUGACCAGGUAUGCUGCCAACAGAAUGAUUACUGGCAAUUUGUGAAGGACAUUCGGUGGCUCAGUCCUCAUUCAGCCCUUCAUGUAGAAAAGUUCAUCAGCUUGUAUGAGAAUGGCCAGCAGAGCCCAGAUGGUGUGAGGAAUCAGGCCAUCGCAGAACUGUGGCUGCAGCACAGCCUGCAGUUUCAUUGCCUCUCAGCUCAGCUACGGCCCUUGCUUGGAGACAGACAGUACAUCAGGAAAUUCUACACAGAGGCUGCUUUCCUGCUGAGUGGAGCUCAUGUCACAGCCAUGCUGCAGUGCCUAGAGGCAGUUGAGCAGAACAACCCCCGGCUCCUGGCUCAGAUUGAUGCAUCCAUGUUUGCCAGGAAGCACGAGACCCCACUUCUGACGACCAAAAGCCAGAGCCUGACAGCACUGCCUGGCUCAUCUAACACACCUCCUGCCAAGUAUGCCCAGCACUGUUACUUUGGCUCCUUUUCAGGCCCUUACCAGUCUACCCCCAUCCACAGCACAGAAAGAAGACCCACUUCCUUCUCCCUCUCUGGCCCUUCACGGAAACCUCAAGAAAACAAAGAGUCUGUCACACUGGCUGGAGAUCGAUCUUUCCAAGGCUCUUUAACUCUUUCUGUAGUCUCAGCAUUGGCCAGGGAUUCACCACCAUCCCCAAACGACAUGAGCUCUAGUGCCCUGACCAGCCCCAGUGAAGAACCUUGGACCAGCAGCCAGGAUGACCCCCAAAGUGAUGCCAAUGAUGGGCCUGAAUACCUAGCCAUUGGCAACUUGGGCAAUCGAACCCGAGCUUCCAGCUGUCAGAGUAAUAGUAGCACCACCACCAAGAGUAGCAGUUCUAACUUAUUCUCUUCCAGCAGCUCCCAGAAGGCCAAUUCUCCUGCUUCCUCCAUAGGGGAGCAAGAGGGAGUUGGUCAGAGUCAGGUGCCCGGGGUCAUUCGUAGAUCCAGCUUUUCAGAGGGCCAAACACUGAAUGUUUCUGGUGGAGCCAAGAAGAGCCAUACCCGUUCACAUUCUGACACCAACAUAGCUUCUAGGAGAGUCCCAGAAGGCCUCAGGAAUAUCACCAUUAUAGUUGAAGAUCCUGUUGCAGAAUCCAGAAAUGAUAACUCAAAGAUGAAAGCACCCAUCUCCUCCUCUGUCCGAAACAGUGAAGUCAGUACUCCCAGCUCUCUGGACAUGGAAUAUGAUGGUAAUCAGUACCUGUGUUCAGGGGAAGGCAUGUUCCGAAGGCCUUCAGAAGGACAGUCCCUCAUCAGUUACCUGUCCGAACAGGAUUUUGGUAGCUGUGCAGACCUGGAGAAGGAGAAUGCCCACUUCAGCAUCUCAGAGUCCCUGAUUGCUGCCAUUGAAUUAAUGAAGUGCAAUAUGAUGAACCAACACCUGGAUGAGGAAGAAGAGGAUGACAGUGAUAAGGAGAUCCAGGAACUGAAACAGAAAAUCCGUCUUCGGCGGCAACAGAUCCGCACCAAAAACCUCUUACCUGCCUACCAGGAGACUGAGCAUGGAAGCUUCCUGGUCACUUCCAGCAGCUCCCAGUUCAGCUCACGUGAUUCAGCACGACUCUCUGACUCUGGUUCCACUGAUGAAGUUGAUGAAUUUGAGAUCCAAGAUGGUAGUGACGGGUCUAACCUGAUUCACACGUCAAAGAAUGGACUGUCAGUGUCAAUGGCUUCAUUGUUUUCAGAUGCUGACAUCAGGAGGAGCACAAGCUCCAGCAACAGAUCCCACUUUUCCUCAGAGUCCUUCUCCCACAGCUUUCUGCAUUCCACAUCAGCUGAGGCAGUAGCCAUGGGACUUCUGAAGCAGUUUGAAGGGAUGCAGCUCCCAGCCGCCUCCGAACUAGAAUGGCUGGUUCCUGAGCAUGAUGCCCCACAGAAGCUCCUGCCCAUCCCUGAUUCAUUGCCCAUCUCACCAGAUGACGGGCAGCAUGCUGACAUCUAUAAGCUACGCAUCAGAGUUCGAGGGAACCUGGAGUGGGCCCCACCCCGGCCCCAGAUAAUCUUUAACAUUCAUCCUGCCCCCACAAGAAAAAUUGCUGUGGCCAAACAGAAUUACCGAUGUGCAGGGUGUGGCAUCAGGACAGACCCUGACUAUAUUAAGCGGCUCCGGUACUGUGAAUAUUUGGGCAAGUAUUUCUGCCAGUGCUGUCAUGGGAAUGCCCAGGUGGUCAUCCCUAGUCGAAUCCUACGCAAGUGGGACUUCAGCAAGUACUAUGUCAGCAAUUUCUCCAAGGACCUGCUCACCAAGAUUUGGAACGAUCCACUCUUCAAUGUCCAGGACAUCAAUAGUGCCCUCUAUAGGAAGGUCAAGCUGCUCAAUCAAGUCCGGCUGUUGCGGAUCCAGCUGUACCACAUGAAGAAUAUGUUCAAGACUUGCCGGCUAGCAAAACACCUCCUGGAUGCCUUUGACACAGUGCCAGGGCACUUGACAGAAGAUCUCCACCUGUAUUCCCUUAAUGACCUGACUGCCACCAAGAAGGGAGAGCUGGCACCUCAGCUUGUGGAGCUCGCUGGGGCAGGCACCACACAUGUGCAGCACUGCAUGCUCUGCCAAGCCAAGGGCUUUAUCUGUGAAUUUUGUCAGAAUGAGGAUGAUAUCAUUUUUCCAUUUGAACUUCAUAAGUGCCGGACCUGUGAAGAAUGUAAAGCUUGUUACCACAAAGCCUGCUUUAAAUCUGGAAGCUGCCCCAAGUGCACACGGUUGCAGGCCCGGAGAGAAUUGCUGGCCAAGCAGAGCCUGGAGUCCUGUGUGUCAGAUUACGAGGAGGAGCCAGCUGAAGCUGUAGCCCUGGAGGCCACCUGAAGAAUGGCAUGUGUCACAAGACACUCAGAUUGGAGCCAUCCCGUGGACUCUCCCCCUUCCCAACCUACCCACCAUCCUGGGGUUUUUUUAUUUUAUUUUUUAUAACUAAUAUGAGCCCCUCAUUUGGCACCUUGCCUGGUAUGUGCCAGGUUACUGGGCUCCCUGAGGAUUUGUUGGGAACCAGGCAUUUCCCCCAGAACUGGCAGUGGUCAAGAACUGAUGGACCUGAUUUCCUUUGCCACCUUCUGAUCCUUCAGGGCUUGCCUGCCGUUCCUGACCACUGCCUCAUGUCUUAGUACUUUUCCUACUCUUUUCCUUUUGGUACUUCUGAACCAAGGUUCUCCCAAGUCUUUAAUAGAACCUACUUGCUUCUCCUUUCCUGCUAAAACAGGAAAUGGGUUUUUUUCCCCCCUCACUUUCUUAGAAACUCUGGAAUUAGGUUAGAUUAAAUUCUGAGGAGGGUCAGCAUGAAGCAGAAGCAGCAUCCUAGGCAUGUUGCAGUUGCUGCAACUUCCCAGGCAAAUUAGAGGGCCUUUUCAGGGGUGGGGAGUGGGGUUGGCACAAGGGAGAGGAACACAACAGCUCUCUGAUGGCAGCCCCUGUAGCUUUCCAACCGAAGCAGGAGUAACUGAUGUGGCAGCUCAUUGCCUUCUUUAAAGAGGUAGGAUUGAAGUGUGGCCAUCCCAUUCCAUCAGCCCUUGCUGCAUGUUCAUAUUCUAACCCUAAACCACUUCAGCAUUGAGGUACAGGAAGAAGAAUCUUUGAUGAUCAGGCAGGUUCCCUAAUACCAGUAUAAGUUGAGUGCAGAAAUCCUGCUGCCUUGCUUGAUUAUGGGAGGCCGUAGGUGAGAAAGUAAAGUCCAGUUCUCCUUCCUCUUGGUGUCUGAUGGGGAAUCUGGUGCCUGGGGUUUGCCCCUCCCCCUUGUCUUCAUUCCUUUCAUGGUAGGUACUCUACCUUAGGUGAGACGCAGCCACGCUGUGCUCCAAGGGGAUGGGUCCAUGUAAGCUCACAACGUAGUCCUUCUUUCUCCAGACACAAGUUAAUCGUUGCCAAUUAAUGCACUUCCAAGCCCUUAAUCUAGCCUGCUAACGCUCAGCUAUCCGACUGUCCUUUUCAUUUUAAAUUAUUUUUUCAUUUUAUGCACUUCGAGGAAAAGUUUUCAGUUUGGAAAUGUGCGCAUUUGUGAGGGUUUUUGGUUACUUUCACAUCUUUGCUCUUGAUAUCUGUGCCCAUCUCCACCACAAAAAAGCCAAUAGCCCCAGACUUUGAGGAUUGCUGCUAUGGACUACAUUGGGCACUUCUGUCUGCUUGUUCCUGUCUUCCUACUGUUGUGUGUGUUUAACACGGGCAAUUUUGCCUGUGUGUUGCCUCAGGAGGGGGAAUGGAAAGUUGUAUGUGGUUAGUGGAGGCUGAUAGAAUGAGUGAGACUUAAGCAAGAUAGAAAAGUCUCAGGGAAAGAAAAAACGUAAUUAGAGCAUGGUCAGAGCUGGGACGAGGAGGGAGAGCUAAGUAGUACAGUUUCUCCAGAGAAGACUCAGACCAGUGUAGCUGCGAAGACCCUGGUCGUUAUAGCCGCGAGUCUCCAGAAAGCCGAUUGUCCAGCCCUGUGGCCUUACUCUGCCACAAUGCUGAGCACAGUGUUUACCACGUCAGAGGCUGGAGAUGAGCCUAGAAGAGCUGCUGGUUUGGAGCAGCAGUGAUCUCGGCCUCCAAGAUGGACUUGCACUACCAGGCCCCGCGUCCUUGCUCUCCUUCCCCACACUGCCGGAGGAGAAGCGUCCCGUCCGAUGCCCUGCCUGCUUGCCUUUGGCUAAGGUUUACAACAGGGAACACUGCCCUCCUCUCCACGGCCCAGUUGGGGAAACUUGCAGUUUUCUGGUUCUCCUUUUAUUUUCUUCCCCUGCACUCUGGGAUGUUGAUCUGGUUUAGUAACUGUCAAAUCCCUAUCACCGUCCAAGUGGUUCCUUGUUUUUUUGGGGGUGGGGUGUAAGAAAGUGGGGGUGGCAAAAAGGAGAGAAGG